AUUAUUAGUUUAUAAAAAGAAGGGGAAAAAAAAAACAAUCAGAAUAGGGAGAGAAAAUAGAAGCAAAGUUUGGCUGAAGUUGGAGGGAUCUAUGAAGCUUAAACACUAUGGAGAACUCAAUAUUUGGUUGGACAGAAGUAGGAGUAAUUUAUGAUUUGAAGCACAACGUCAAUUCGGUGUAAAUUAAAGUAGUCCAAGAUCAAAUGGAGAGAGAUGAGAACGUAGAAAAUGGCCUAGUUUGGAAGAGGAAUAUGGCCGAGAAUGUAUCGUCGCCAUCGGGAUCGAGCAACCCGAGCUUGAAUGGCAAGCAGAAGGGAGGAGAGGAGAAUAAGAAGAAAGAAGAAGAGGAGAAAGCCAAAUCUGUUCCUUUUCUUAAGCUGUUUUCCUUUGCAGAUUCAUAUGAUUACAUACUUAUGUUGGUUGGAAGCAUUGGAGGCAUAGGAAAUGGAGUGGGAAUGCCUCUAAUGACUGUGCUCUUUGGACAACUUAUCAAUUCCUUUGGAAGUAAUCAGGGUACUCACAACAUUGUUUCUGCCGUUUCCAAGGUGUGCCUAAAAUUUGUGUACUUGGCCAUUGGAACUGCAGUAGCAGCAUUUCUCCAGGUGUCAUGUUGGAUAGUAACAGGGGAAAGACAAGCUGCAAGGAUUAGAGGGUUGUAUUUGAAAACUAUAUUAAGACAAGAUGUUGCUUUCUUUGACAAAGAAACAAAUACUGGAGAAGUUGUGGGUAGAAUGUCUGGUGAUACUGUCCUAAUUCAAGAUGCUAUGGGUGAAAAGGUUGGGAAAACUGUCCAACUAAUUACAACCUUCAUUGGAGGGUUCACAAUAGCUUUUGUAAGAGGUUGGCUGUUGGCAUUGGUGAUGUUAUCCGCCAUCCCACUUCUUGUGGUAGCUGGAGCAACAAUUGCUCGAUUCAUGUACAAUAUGGCUGCUCGAGGGCAAAGCGCUUAUGCGAAUGCAGCAAAUGUCGUUGAGCAGACUAUUGGCUCGAUCAGAACGGUUGCAUCAUUUACGGGUGAGAAGCAAGCUAUAAGAAGUUACGAGAAGUUCCUAGUACAUGCUUAUAAAUCUGGUGUGAAGGAAGGUUUGGGUGGUGGAAUAGGAAUUGGUAUGGUAAUGAUGAUUGUAUUUUGUUCUUACUCUUUGGCUGUUUGGUUUGGCGGAAAGAUGAUACUAGAGAAAGGAUAUAAUGGCGGUCAAGUGAUAAACGUCAUUGUAGCUGUCUUGGCAGGCUCAAUGUCCUUAGGCCAAAUAUCACCGUGCAUGAGCGCAUUCGCUGCGGGUCGAGCCGCUGCCUAUAAGAUGUUCGAGACAAUUGAAAGGAAGCCAAAUAUUGAUGUUUAUGAUCCAUUGGGCAAAACAUUAGAUGAUAUUCAAGGAGACAUAGAUUUAAAAGAUGUGUAUUUUAGUUAUCCAACCAGGCCAGAUGAAGCCAUAUUCAAUGGCUUCUCUCUUCACAUUCCUAGUGGCACUACUGCAGCAUUAGUUGGGGAAAGUGGCAGUGGCAAGUCAACAGUAAUCAGUUUGAUAGAGAGAUUUUAUGAUCCGCAGUCCGGUGAGGUACUCAUCGAUGGCGUUAACCUGAAAGAUUUUCAGCUUAGAUGGAUUCGGACGAAAAUCGGUCUUGUUAGCCAAGAACCAAUACUUUUCACUGCCUCCAUUAAAGAUAAUAUUGCAUAUGGCAAAGAUGAUGCAACUGAUGAGGAAAUUAAAGGGGCUUGUGAACUAGCAAAUGCUGCUAAAUUUAUUGACAAACUGCCUCAGGGAUUGGAUACGAUGGUGGGGGAGCAUGGAACUCAGCUAUCUGGAGGGCAGAAACAAAGGAUUGCAAUAGCAAGAGCAAUUUUGAAGAACCCUAGAAUUUUACUACUUGAUGAAGCCACAAGUGCACUUGAUGCAGAAUCUGAAAGAGUUGUGCAAGAGGCUUUAGAUAGGAUUAUGGUGAAUAGAACUACUGUGAUUGUUGCCCAUCGUUUGAGCACUGUUAGGAAUGCUGACAUGAUUGCUGUAAUUCACAGAGGGAGGAUGGUUGAGAAAGGUUCCCACUUGCAACUCAUCAUGGAUCCAAACGGUGCAUAUUCACAAUUAAUACGCCUGCAAGAAGCAAACCAAGACUCAGCAAGAGCUUCAGAAGAUGUAAAUCGACAAGAGUUUUCUUUGGAAUCAAUGAGACAAUCAAGUCAAAAGGCACCUUAUCCAAGAUCCAUAAGUAGAGGAUCAUCCGUUGGUCGCAGCAGCCGUCGGUCUUUAUCUAUGUUCGGUUUGACAACAGGACUUGACUUACCGGAUGCCGGCGACGUCGAUGACACAAUUGAAGAUGAAUCCUUAAAAGCUCCUCCGGUUUCUCUCCGCCGUCUUGCCGGACUUAAUAAGCCAGAGAUUCCUGUGCUUCUGAUAGGAACAAUUGGAGCAGUGCUGUGUGGAGUGAUACUUCCCAUUUUUGGACUACUAAUUUCUACUGUGAUAAAGACAUUUUACCUUCCCCCAGACCAAUUAAAGAAAGAUACCAAGUUUUGGGCCAUCAUUUACAUAGUUCUUGGUGUGGCUUCACUUGUGGCACAUCCAUGGCGGGCUUACUUCUUUUCGGUAGGGGGAUGUAAGUUAAUUGAGCGCAUCAGAGCGUUGUGUUUCGAGAAGGUGGUUCAUAUGGAAGUGAGUUGGUUUGAUGAGGCUGAACAUUCUAGUGGAGCCAUUGGUGCAAGAUUAUCAUCUGAUGCAGCCUCUGUUAGAGCCUUAGUUGGGGAUUCACUCUCUCAGAAUGUAGGCAAUGUUGCUUCUGCUGUUGCAGGUUUAGUGAUUGCCUUUGUUGCAAGCUGGGAAUUGGCUCUCAUUGUUCUUGCUCUCAUUCCUCUCAUCGCCGUUAAUUCACUUAUACAGAUUAGAUUCAUGAGAGGAUUUAGCGGCGACGCCAAGAGUAUGUAUGAAGAAGCAAGCCAAGUUGCGAACGACGCAGUGGGGGGCAUAAGAACAGUUGCUUCUUUUUGUGCAGAAGAUAAAGUGAUGAACAUUUACAAAAGCAAAUGCGAAGCCCCAUUGAAAUCAGGAAUAAGACAAGGCUUCAUCAGUGGAAUUGGAUUUGGAGUGUCUUUCUUCUUAUUGUUCAACGUAUACGCCCUUACAUUCUAUGUCGGUGCUCGUUUGGUGGACGACGGUAGAACAACGUUUGCUGAAGUGUUUCGAGUGUUUUUUGCUUUGACAAUGGCAGCUACUGGAAUUUCUCAUUCCAGCUCCAUGACUCAAGACACUACCAAAGCUAAGCUUGCUGCUGCUUCAGUAUUUGCAAUAAUAGAUAGGGAAUCAAAGAUAGAUCCCAGCGAUGAAUCUGGAACAAUAUUGAGUGAUUUAAAAGGAGAAAUAGAGCUUAAACAUAUAAGUUUUAAGUAUCCUUCGAGGCCAAACAUACAAAUAUUUAGAGAUCUCAGCCUGCAUAUUCAUCCUGGCAAGACAAUAGCUCUGGUUGGAGAAAGUGGUAGUGGAAAAUCCACGGUGAUUGCGUUGUUGCAAAGGUUUUACAAUCCUGACUCGGGCACGAUAACGAUUGACGGUAUAGAAAUCCAAAAGCUACAAUUGAAAUGGCUAAGGCAACAAAUGGGUCUAGUGAGCCAAGAGCCGGUGCUUUUCAACGAAACUAUACGAGCCAACAUUGCGUACGGGAAAGGAGGGGAUAGGAAGGCAAGCGAAGGGGAAAUAAUAGCGGCGGCAGAGGCGGCGAAUGCACACCGGUUCAUAAGUGGAUUGCAACAUGGAUACGACACAGUGGUUGGGGAGAGAGGAGUGCAGUUAUCAGGAGGCCAAAAGCAACGAGUGGCGAUCGCCCGAGCGAUCAUAAAGAAUCCAAAAAUACUACUACUAGAUGAAGCCACAAGCGCACUAGAUGCAGAGUCGGAGCGAGUUGUGCAAGAUGCAUUAGACAAAGUGAUGGUGAAUAGAACCACGGUGGUGGUAGCUCAUCGUCUCUCGACGAUCAUGAAUGCCGACCUGAUCGCCGUUGUUAAGAAUGGAAUCAUCGUCGAGAAAGGUAAGCAUGAAAAGCUUCUCACGAUCAAAGAUGGGUUUUAUGCUUCUUUAAUUCAACUCCACACUUCUGCUGCUGCUUCUUCCUAAUUCCAACCACCCUUACCUAUAAACUUCAGCUAAACUCUCUUCUUACUUUUUCUUUUUCUUCAAAUUUUACAAACAAAAUUGUAUGUUUAUGUUUUACUUUUAAGUUGUUCAAACCCUUAAAUGUGUUAUAUGAUGCAAUAUA